AUGAAAAAAAUUGUUACCAAAAAACCUGGAGAUGCUUCACUAGCCCCAUUAGCAGUGUUAAUAUGGACACACGGAGGUGGAUUUCAAACUGGAACUGGUGCUAUGCAGUCAUACAAACCUGGAUUCUUCAUUGACCACAAUAUUGUUGUUGUUACGAUAAACUACCGUUUGGGAGCUCUAGGAUUUCUGACAACAGAAGAUGGAGUCAUACCAGGAAACUUAGGAUUAAAAGAUCAACAUUUUGCACUUCAGUGGGUUAAAAAUAAUAUCGAUCUAUUUGGUGGGGACCCCGAAAAAAUAACGAUAUCUGGUCAGAGUGCUGGAGCGGCAUCUGUGGGAUUCCAAUUAAUAAGUCAACGGAAUAAAGGUUUAUUCAGAGGUGGUAUUUUACAAAGUUUAACCCCAAUAGCUCAGGGGGCACAUCAAAACUAUGCACGAUUCUACGCUUUCGAAUUAGCCCGAAGUUUGGAUCCAAGGUUCACUUCAGAUAAUUCAACGGAAUUACUAGAACUGCUGCAAAGCUUUCCUGCUUCAAACAUAACCGACAACACAGUUACUGCUGCUGUUGGAAAAGAGACUGGAUUAAUGGAAGGCCAAGGAUUAAUAUGGCUGCCUGUAAUUGAGGACGCUAGUCUAGAUGGAGCAUUCCUGACAGGUUUAUUUCAUGAAGACAUUAAAACAGGAAACAUAAACCAAGUUCCCAUAAUUAUUGGUUUAAACUCUGAAGAGGCACUAUUUAAUUUUGAUGAUGUUGAGGCGCGUGCUAAAUGUUUCGACAGUGAUAUAUCCAACCUCAUUAGAAACAAGUUCAAUAUGAAUGACCACAGAGAACAAAUUGACAGCUGGCACUAG